AGAAGCUCCAUUGCUGAGGAAAGCAGAGCGAAAAAGUAGAGGAUCGAUCCAAGAUUGCUUCUUUUCAGAUCCAGAAUACAAGAUCAGUUCAGCAGCAUUAAUCCGGAGGAUCACAAGGCGUAAUCCUGACACGGCACUUUGUGUUCUCGAUUCUCUUAUAUUCUGAUUCCUAACCUCUCCAAUUUUUAAUCAUUCAUUCUGUUUGUUUCUAUGGAGAAGCACAUUUGUCGAAUAUGCAGGCAAGGCUUCUCCGAUGGGAGAUCUCUUGAAGUUCACUUGUGGUCUCAUGUUGUGCUGAGCCCUUCCAUGAAGGAUGAAGACAAGCCGUUGGGUGGACAUGACCUUAGAAUCAACCCAAAGAAGUCGCAUCGGUUUGAGAUAGAGUGGCCGGAGACUAUUAAGGAUAAGAAACGUGCCAAGCUAGAGAAGGAUUCCUCUUCAUUGAAUGCUUCGUUUGGAAUGACCAGGGAAGAGCUCAUUCAUGGGGACAACGAUGAUGAUUUACGGAGCAGGGGAACUUACGAAGAGAAGGAAAUGCCGGGCCAACCUUAUAGUAAGUUGAGUAUGUAUUCAAUGCCGGUGAAGAAGAAGAGGACGGGGAGUGCACCAAAGGUUGCGAAUGCAUCAGUUUUUGAUUUCUCCUUCGAGAACUGCGAGGAGGAAGUGAAUGCUGCUCUGUCCCUGAUGAUGCUCGCAAGAGAACAUGCUAAUUUGAUAUAUGAUUCAAAUGAUAAGUUUUGUCUUACAAUUGGAUCUGGAAACAAAGUUCAUUCUUUUCCUUGUGAGGAUGGAGAUCAACAGUCCAAAAAGCUGAAGGUCUCAUUUUUUGCAAGUAGCAGUGAUUAUGGUGAUAUCAAUCCUGCUGUUCUUAAAAAUGAAAAGAGGAGUUUAUCAAUUCAAUGUGAUUCUGAAUCUGGAAAGCAGAGUUCUUGCAAUAGAAAAAGAUAUGGGUGCAACAUCUGCAACAAGAGCUUUGAUUCAUAUCAAGCUCUUGGCGGCCACCGCACAAGCCACAAUAAGGUGAGAGGAGAAUCUAAAAGAUUGAUUAAUCAUAAUAAGGAUUCUCAAACUGUUAAAAAAUCACCGAAGAACUUUGGAAACCACGUGUGCAACAUCUGUGCCAAGAAUUUUUCAUCUGGGCAAGCUUUAGGUGGUCACAAAAGAUCACAUUCUAUUGCGGCAGAUAAGUCCGCUGCUGCUGUUGUUGUUUCUAGUGCCAAUAAUAAUGCCGCUCAUCCUCAUCCAGCCCCAAUGGAGAUAGAACACAAAUAUUUGAAGUUGGAUUCGGUUGAUCUCAACUUGCCUGCAACUCAAAAUAAGUCUUAGGAAAUUUCUAAUGAAGUAUUGGCCGGUUUGAGGUAUCGGACAUUCUCUGGUGAAGUGUCAUUCUGACAAUCUCUAUGGUGAAAUGAUGAGUAAGAGUGCAAAUAAAAAAAAAAAAGUGGAUUGAUCCCGAAAGCUUAGAGAUUUUGAAGGAAAUUCUUCUUAUCAUUAUUACCACCAAAGAAGAAACUUUUUUUUUUUUUUCUAAUUUUUCAUAAAAAUAAAGUUCUCGGAUUAAUGAGAAUCUGAAGUCUAAAUUUGAAGUAAUUUAAAUGAUAAUUUAAUUUUUUAUUUUAGGGGUGAGAGAUUGGAAAAUAAGAGAUUUGUUGUGAAUGCUAAUGACAGAAGUCUCGCAACAACUAAUUUGGGAGAAUUUGGUGGCGGAACGUAGAAACAAUUGUGUGGUUGAUUGUGCUAAAUAUGAGCAUAUAUUAAUGCCUCAUAUCCUUCAAUUGUAUGCUUCUAAUGGAUUCUUCCCAGUUGCUGAUUACACAUUGGCACAUCAAAGCCCUUCAAUUUUCCUCUGUCAAUCCAUGUGGGUAAUUAUAUAAAAGAGUGUUUUAUAAAUAA